CCUCUUCCUGCUCGCCUCACUUGUCCACUGAGCAGAGCCAGAUCCAGAUCCAGAUCCAGAUCCUCGCCUCGGGGACCAGGUACCGCAGAGGGGCCCCGUAGUAUCCACUCUGCAGAAACCCACCACUCCGGGCUGUUGUGGAACUUCUGCUCUCUUUCUUUGUUUUUUCUUGGUAUCUGCCACUUGGCGACAUCCGUGCGCACGGCAAUUACGCACGACUUGGAUGAAGAAACGGCACCACGGCACGCGGCGGGGCUUUUAAUUAAUUAGUCUAUUAGUCUUUAUCCUGUUUUAAAGUGUUGCCAGCAUUUAUAUUGUUGGGGUUAAUUUGAGUUGUAACUUUGGUUGUGAUCUGGAUAAGAGAAGGUAUCAAAUACACAUCCGGGUUUCUUUACGCAUCGGGUUGAAACAGGUGUAACAGGCGCAAGUGCCUGGUUCAACGGCACUACGUCAGAGAACAAGGGAAGGAAAAGGCCAGCAAGGAAACACAAAACAACAACUUGGUGACAAACAACCCAAAGAAGAAGAAAAAACAGAGAGGGAGGAGAGAGAGAGAGAGAGAGAGAGAGACACCCUGGAGACUAGCUCGGAGACCCAGCCCCCGGUCUGAGAGAAGGAGAGAGAGAGUGAGGGAGUGAGGGAGUGUUUUAAAGCCAGCAGCAGGCAUGAUGUCGUAUAUUAAGCAACCGCAUUACGCCGUGAACGGGUUAACGCUGUCCGGCCCGGGCAUGGAUCUGCUCCACUCCGCCGUGGGAUACCCCAACACUCCGCGCAAACAGCGUCGGGAGCGCACCACCUUCACGCGCGCACAGCUGGACAUCCUCGAGGCUCUGUUUGCCAAAACGCGCUACCCGGACAUCUUCAUGAGGGAGGAGGUGGCCCUGAAGAUCAACCUGCCGGAGUCCCGAGUCCAGGUCUGGUUCAAGAACCGCCGGGCCAAGUGCCGCCAGCAGCAGCAGCAGAGCACGGGCCAGUCCAAACCCCGGCCCCCUAAGAAGAAGGCUUCCCCCGCGCGAGACAACAACUCCGAGGCCAACGCCAACGUCUCCAACGGCGGCUACAGCCCGCAGCCGCCUCCUCCAGGCACCUCCAUCACCCCGAGCUCCGUCAGUGCCACGGUGUCCAUCUGGAGCCCGGCCUCCAUCUCCCCGCUGCCGGACCCGCUGUCCGCCUCCGGCACCCCCUGCAUGCAGCGCGCCUCCGCCUACCCGAUGACCUACACCCAGGCCCCGGCGUACAGCCAGAGCUACGGCGGCUCCUCUUCCUACUUCACGGGCCUGGACUGCAGCUCCUACCUGUCCCCGAUGCACCCGCAGCUGUCGGGCACCGGGGGCGCCCUGAGCCCCAUCACGGCCUCCUCGAUGGGGGGGCCCCUCAGCCAGUCCCCGGCCUCGCUGUCCGCGCAGGGCUACACGGCCGCCUCGCUGGGCUUCGGAGCCGUCGACUGUCUGGACUACAAGGACCAAGCUGCCUGGAAGCUCAAUUUCAACGCCACUGACUGUCUGGACUACAAAGACCAGAACUCCUGGAAGUUCCAAGUCUUGUAAAUAGCAAGAAGGAGGAGGUGGGGGAGGGGGGAGAAAUCAGAGGAGGGCAAAAUAACCUCAAAUGACAUGUUUGUGUAGAAGAAGAAGACAUUAUGGGACACAGAAAUCAAUUAAUCAUAUCAGCUGUGAAGUAAAAAAUGUGAUUCUAACGAAAUUGAGCAUCAGCCUCGAGCCGGCUGCGCGCGCAACAUCUGCACGCUCAACUAUAACAACAACCGCUUUAAUUCAGUAGCACGGUGGUGUCACGUGGUGCCUCUUUAGCUCCGUGACCUCUCCACCUUCACGGAACAUGCAGAACGAACCGACUGCUGCGCGCGAGCUCGUGUUUAUUUCCUCCUUUCCUAGAUUCCGUCUUAUACUUUCUGUGAUAUAUAUAACCAUAUAUUUUGUUUGUUGGAGCUGCUUUUUCAUUAGCGAGCUGACUUUCAAAAAAAAAUGAAGUAAAAAAAAAGAAAGAAGAAGCUUUUGAGCCCAAACCAGAAGCUGAUGAUUCCCAGGUAAGCCUUGUUGUGUGUGAUGCUGACCCCUGACCCCUGACCCCUCUGCAGCCCGUGCGUGCUGCAGCGUGAGUCGGACUCAGGAGUGACUGCAGUACGAACCUGUUGCCUUCGAAGCAUUUGGUUAAAAAUCAUUCAAAUGAAAUUUAAAAAAGCAAAGAGCGGCUCGUGCAUCGUAUCGUUUUAAUAGGAUCACUUCCGGACAAUUUGUGCAACAAUGGUCGCAUUGUGGCAGCCCCCCCCGCCCUCCCCCCCACACACACACACACACACACGCGCUCCAUCCCACAGUGUUUGCAUGAGCGGAUUGUUGAAGCAGUCCUUGAAUCUAAAUGACUUUGUUAUAAAACUACGUGUUGCUUAUCAGUUGCUCGAUGGGAGAGAAGCACCAGAGAGAGAGAGAGAGAGAGAGAGAGAGAGAGAGAGGGAGGGACUUUCCUUUGCACAGAGCUUUUGGUGCCUCUCUCGACUCCAACCUGUAAAAGAUGUGAUGGGUACCGCUGUAUGUGUUUGAUGUAUCGUUUGAUUUUGAUUUUUUUUUUGUAUUAGACAAAUAUAAUGUUCCUUUUGGAAAAAAAAAAAAAUUCUAAUUGUGAAUUUGUUGAAGUAAAGAUUGUGGUAAUUUGUUUUGAAGUUGAUAUUAUUAUCAGUAUUAUUUCUAUCAUCAUUAAUAUUAUGUCUUCAGCCGACAUGGACGUUGCUAAUAUACUUUUUUUUGUAAAUAUUAAAACGUGAAAAUACAAUCAUGUCAUCAGCUUUGCGAGUUCCAACAGAAUCUCUCUUUUUCUCCUUAAUUUCUAGAAAAUUGCCAACUUUUUAUUUUUUCUGUUUAUAUUUUUCUUCUUCUUUUUUUUCAAACUCAGGGGUUUAUCCAACACAAGUAGCAGUAGCAGGAUACAAUGCUGUUCAUGCUUCUUAAUCAUUUGCUGUACUUUUGUUUUUAUCUGUUUAUUUUUCUGACAUGAAUUAUUUUGUAUAUUUCACUUGUCUCCUGUGUCUCUAACGUGCUAGAUGAUGUUUCUGAGACAUUAAAACGACUUCAUUAAAAACUC